AUGGGGGGAGAUCAUCAUAGGCCGACAAGGGCUGUUUAUGUCUCCUCCCUUUUGUUAUGUCUUCUUUUGUUGAAAGAAAGCCUUGUUUCGGCCCAAAAUGUCUAUACUCCCGCGGCGGCACCGGCGGCUUAUUCGACGGUUUCUCCGGUUUCUUCGCCGGGUUUGUAUCAGCCUUCGGAUAGUUAUCUCAUCAGCUGCGGUUCAAACGAGGUGAAGCUCGACGACGGACGAAUAUUCAAAUCGGAUACGGAAACGAGUAGCUAUUUAUCGACCGAUGAAGAUGUUCAAGCGAAAACCGAUUCGGUACCGGAGAGUGCCUUCACGAAUUCCACCCCUUCAUCGUUGAUUGAUCUUUAUAAAGCGGCGAGGAUUUUCACGUCAGAUUCCAAGUUUUUGUUCUCCAUUUCCGUUCCCGGAAAACAUUGGGUUCGUCUCUACUUUUACCCGCUCCAUCACGAAAAAUAUGAUCUCAAGACGGCGAUUUUCACCGUUCAAACAGACAAGUACGUCCUCUUGCAAGAUUUCUCCAUGGAUGAUUCCAAGGUGGUUCUCAAGGAGUAUCUUGUUAAUGCUACUAAACAUUUAUCAAUCGUCUUCAAGCCCAAAAAGGAUUCUUUCGCAUUCAUUAAUGCAUUGGAGAUCGAAGGGAUCCCCGACGAGCUUCUCUCUGAUUCGGCCUCCUCGGUACCGCAAGGUAACACGAUGAAUGGCCUAUCGAAUAUCGGUUUGGAAGUCGCCUACCGGUUGAAUAUGGGAGGGCCGACGAUCACUCCAAAGAAUGAUACAUUGGGGAGAACAUGGGCUCCGGAUGUACCAUAUAACACGUUUCCCGAAGGAACUGAGGCUGUCACGGGUAAAAACAUCAAGUACCGACCGGAAAAUAAGAUGACUCGGUUGGUCGCCCCGGAGAUGGUUUAUGAGACGGCGGAUCGGAUGAUGUCCGAAGCGUAUGCUCAGACCACGGUUCCUAAUUUCAAUCUCUCUUGGACGAUAAGUGUCGACGGGACCUACUCGUAUCUCAUCAGGAUGCACUUUUGUGACAUUGUAAGCAAGGUCAAGAAUGAGCUAUACUUCAGUGUGUACAUAAACGGGCUAACGGGGAUUUCGCGUCUCGAUUUAACUGAGAAAGUCGGCGAUCUGGCCACAGCGUAUUACACUGAUUUCGUCCUGAAUGCAUCAUCAAUAACGAAUGAUUCGAUCGUGGUUCAAGUCGGUCCGAUCGCCGACUCCGACAGCGGCAAACCUAACGCGAUACUCAACGGCUUGGAAGUGAUGAAGAUGAGCAACUUAGCUGAUAGCUUCGACGGUUUAUAUACGGUCGAUGGUUUGUUUAAAGGGCCAGAAUCGAGCAACCUUAAAAUCCUGGCGAUUUCGGGGCUAGCAUUAGCGUUUGUGGCAAUGUUCUUCCUCGGGGUCAUUUGUGUUAGGUGGAAAAAACGGCCCCAAGAUUGGCAAAAGAAUAAGAACUUCUCGGCUUGGCUAUUACCAAUCCAUGGAAGUAAAGCUAAUUACAGCUCGAGGAAAUCAAGCACCUUUGGAUCUAGAAAGAGCAAGAGUGGAUUGUCAAGUGUUUAUUCUCAUGGCCUUGGAAAGUUGUUCACUUUAAACGAGCUACAAAAUGCGACACAGAAUUUCAACGAGCAGACAGUCAUCGGUGUCGGUGGGUUCGGGAAAGUGUUCGUCGGGACAUUAGAGGACGACACCAAGGUCGCGAUAAAACGUGGCAACCAUGGAUCCGAACAGGGCAUAAACGAAUUCGAAACCGAAAUCGCAAUGCUCUCGAAGCUCCGUCAUCGGCAUCUCGUGUCGUUGAUUGGGUUCUGCGACGAGGAUUCGGAGAUGAUCUUGGUUUAUGAAUACAUGGCUAAUGGUCCGUUUCGGGACCAUCUUUAUGGUCCCGCGAAUAAACCGACAUUGACAUGGAAACAACGGCUCGAAAUCUGCAUCGGUGCGGCUCGAGGGUUGCAUUAUCUUCACACCGGUGCGACGCAGGGAAUCAUCCACCGCGAUGUCAAGACGACGAACAUUCUUCUAGAUGAAAACUUCGUCGCCAAAGUGUCCGAUUUCGGGCUCUCUAAAGCGGCUGCCUUAGACCAAGGCCAUGUUAGUACCGCAGUGAAAGGCAGCUUCGGGUACCUUGACCCCGAAUACUUUCGUAGACAACAACUGACAGAAAAAUCCGAUGUUUACUCGUUCGGAGUGGUUCUUUUCGAGGUUUUAUGCGCAAGACCGGUGAUUUGCCCGGGGAUGCCGAGGGAUCAAGCUUGCUUGGCCGAUUGGGCAAUGCAGUGGCAUAAAAAAGGUAUGGUCGACCAAAUCGUUGACCCCAAAAUCGCAGGGACGAUCUGCGAAGGAUCGUUGAAGAAAUUCGCAGAAGCCGCCGAGAAAUGCUUGGCCGAAUACGGAGUUGAUCGGCCAAGCAUGGGGGAUGUGUUGUGGAACUUGGAAUAUUCAUUACAACUUCAGGAGGCUUCGUCACAAAUCGAUGAAUCGGAAGAUAAAACUAACUUUAUUGGUUUGGAAAAGGCAAAUGAAACCGUCGAGUCCAAUCCCAGCCCCGUCGAGCCGACAGAAACGGCGGCGACGGACGAAAGUGAUGACUCCAAUGUAACACUCGGUUCUCAGGUACCUUUCUCUGAUGCAACAAAUAUACAAGGAAGGUAA